CGCUUGCAACUCCUAAGCAUCACCGCCUUGAGACUCUGCCUCUCAUCUUGUCCCGCCCAUCUUCCAUACCAAAACUACCCACCAGAUCAUACAACAAACCUGCUCUCGUCGUAUCCAACAGUCAAUUCUUCGCCCACGCUCCCACCCCCGCCAUGGCUUCUCCCGACCAGCCCACCCAGACGGGCAUGAUCCUCACCACCGCCCUCGCCAGUGUCGUCACAGGCUACGUGUUUGGCAUCUAUACCGCCAGAGGAUAUCUCAUCUCCCCAGCUCUAGCGGAAGAACGUCGAAAGUACCACAACGAUCCUGUCGAGAGCGAGGAAAGCGACGUGGACGAGGACGAUGCCACACUGGACCAUGCACCGAACUGGGCCAACGGGCUGGAUGCGGAUAUGAGACAGGGGCUCAAGUUUAGAGACUCGGGAGUGGCGGAGAAGAGGAGCUUGAUGGAAGACACUAGCGAGGAGUGUAAGCUGGUGUUGGUUGUGAGGACGGAUCUGGGCAUGACCAAAGGCAAAAUCGCUGCUCAGUGCUCUCACGCCACGCUCGCCUGCUACAAGGCCCUCGCCCGCGCCGACCCGUCCUCCCCCGAACGCAAGCUGCUCGCCCGCUGGGAGCGCUUCGGCCAGGCCAAGAUCGCCGUCCAAGUCAAGAGCCAAGCCGAGAUGCUGGAGCUGCGAGGCAAAGCCCGCGCAAUGGGGCUCACGGCUGAGGUGAUUCAGGACGCGGGCCGGACGCAGAUUGAGGCGGGCAGCAUGACGGUGCUGGGCGUCGGACCGGCACCGAAGAGCUUGGUGGACAAGGUUACGGGAGGGCUGAAGCUGUUGUAAGAGGACGUACAGUUAUAUAUACAUACAUACGGGAUAUUAUUGCAUGGUUUUUUGAUUUACAUGGGCUGAAAGAGAAGACUUGCGGGCAUUGCUGCAUCAACGGCGUCCAGGCGACAAGACAGGCUGCUAAGCAUUUUUAAGCCACGGUAGGAUGCUAUGAGCUUCUAUGUAUGGGUUUAGCAAGAUCAAAAAUGGCAUUCUGGGAACAGAAGGGAAGAAAAAGAAUAAAGUGUUUGACGAUUCUAUGACAAGACAUCUCUUGCCGCCAGCGUACAUGGCUGCCAUCUCAUCCAUUUCACUGCACAUCCAUUCCUUUUGUCUAUCAUGCCAUGGGUAUUAGUAUAUACUACGUUUUGAUAUGUA